AGGGCGGGGUUCGCGCCUGAAAAAAAAGUCAGGCAUUCAAGGGUGGAUCACGAUAAAAACAUUUGAGAAUUUGGAUACAACUAGGUGUCACAUGCACUGCAGAAGUGUGGAUAUUAAAUAAAUCACUAUAUUUGAUCUUUGGAACUUGGCACAAGCAUUUCGACGCCCUCGCUCAAAUUACGUUAUAUUUUUAUGACUUACGACGUACGUUUUGUUUCCGUUAAAAAGGAAAGUCAUCUAUUUUGAGUUAUCUAAAGUUAGCGAAACAAAGCAGACGAAUCCGACGUCUUGUACCAAGAUCAUUAUGAGCACUGUAAAAUCAAGCUUGAAGAAAUGGCAGAAGAAUAAGCUCUGCUCAUUGCUCAACCAUGCUAACCUCAGCCUGCUGUUCAAAGCCAGUGUGCAUGGGUUCACUGCUGCUGCAUUUCACCAAAAGUGUGAUAUGCAGGGACCAACUGUCAUUGUAGCUUACAAUAAGGCUGGGUACGUUUUUGGAGCUUUCACCAGCAAAGAUUUUGCACAGACAGGACAAAAUAUUGUGGAUGACAAAGCUUUUCUCUUCAGCUUUAAUGACAAAGAAAUUAAAGAAGAUCCUCUGCGUGUUGUCAGUGGAAAUCCCCAGUAUGCUUUUACUGACAAUGGUCCAAACUUUGCCUCUUUGGUAUUUCUUUACAAUAACACUGUCACCGUGUACAGUAAUCCAGGAAUAUACCAAUUUGAUCCACAGAAGAUGCAUGGGAAUGACUUAGAGCUGACAGAAUGUGAGGUGUACAGAGUGGAAGAUUGUGGAGGACUUAUGGAGAAACCGUGGAGAAAUGUGCAGUGGAACUCUGAUAGAAGGAAGGCACUCUUGAGCACCAUCUCUGGCUGGAAGCCUUCUGUUAACUCAGUCAAACAGGCUCGGAUUCUUUUGGUGGGUCCAGUAGGAGCUGGGAAAUCAAGCUUCUUCAACUCCAUCAACUCUGUGUUCAAAGGUUAUGUGAGCAUUCAGGCUAACACUGGCAUUGCUGGCACCAGUUUGACUACUCAGUUUCGUACCUACUUCAUCAAGUUAAGCAGCGGUGUCAGCCAUGUCCCCUUUACUCUGUGUGACUCGAUGGGUCUGGAGGACGGUGUGAACACCGGUCUAGAUGUAGAUGAUUUUGCCAGUAUUUUGAAAGGUCAUGUUCAAGACCAGUAUCAGUUUAAUGCAUCAAUGCCCAUACAACCUGAGUCCCCUCAUUUCAAUAAAUCUCCUGGCUUGAAGGACAAGAUUCACUGUGUGGUUUACGUGAUUGACAUCAGCAGAGUCAAGCUUCUCUCUGACAAAAUGGUUGACAAAUUUGCGGUUUUUCGAAGGAAAACCAACCAGCUGGGUAUUCCUCAGCUGGUUCUGCUGACUAAGGUGGAUGAGGCCUGUCCGUUAGUGGCGAAAGACCUAAAAGUUGUCUACCAGAGUCAUUUUAUCAACAAAAUGAUGCAGGAGAUCAGCACUAAGCUUGGAGUUUCUCUGUCUGCUGUGGUCCCAGUGAAAAACUACUGCCAAGAACUGGAAAUAGACUCUCAAACUGACAUACUGCUUCUGAAUGCUGUGGUUCAGAUUCUCAGAGCCACGGAGGGCUUUUUUGAUGAUCUUUGCAAUGCAGAAGAGUAGAGCUUAGCCAUAUGUCCUUAUCUGACCUAAAAGUUAUGAAUAUAUAUAUUAGCAUUGUUUCUCUCUGAUAACAUGUUUUAGGUGACAUGUUCAUCUAUAUUUAUGUUAUGAGGUCUGUUGAUUUCUUCUGUUGCUCUGCUCUAAACAUGCAAACUAUAUGUAUAAAAAUGUAUGCAUUUAUUUGUGUAUUGAAAAUAAUUAGUAAAUAUUUUCCUGUAAUUCUGUACCUACUACAUCAAGCCAAGCAGCGGCGUCAGGAUUCACUGUGUGGUGUAUGGGACUGACAUCUGCAAAGUCAAACUUCUCUCUGACAGAACUGUAUUAAUAUACAUUUCUUUGUAGUCAAUAUUUUGUGCCAUUUUAUUUCCAUACUGAGUCAUAUAUUGAGCAUUUCUCAUAAACUGUUUUGUAAUAGAUUUAAGCAUUUAGCUUGGAGUUUCUCUGUUUGUUGUGGUCCCAGUGAAAACCUACUGCCGAAAAUAAACUCUCAAUCUGAUGGUCAAUGCCGCCGAGGGCUAUUUGGAUGAUCUUUACAAUCCAGAUGAGAGCUCUGAGUAGAACGCAGCCUAUUUCCCCUGUCUGACCUAAGGGUUGCAUGCGUAUCAGUCUUAGCAA